AUGUCACGAAGUUUACCCUUGAUAUCGGCAGCAGAAGUUGCUAAACAUAACCAAAAAACCGACUGUUGGGUGACAUUGUAUCAAAGAAAAAUCUAUAAUGUUACCGGCUUUCUCGAUGAGCACCCUGGUGGCGGAGAUUUGAUAUUGCAGUACGCAGGUAAAGAUGUAACCGAGAUCAUGGCUGAUUCCGCAAGUCAUAAGCAUUCAGAAAGUGCUUAUGAAAUGUUGGACGAUGGUAUGCUUGUUGGAUACAUGGCCACGGAGGUUGAGGAGCGAGAAUUGAUAAAUAACAAGAAUAAAACCUUGGUUGAAGUCAAGUUGAAUUAUCCCAACGAAACAGAGUAUGACAUGUACGAAUUUCACGAGAAUUUACCUACAUUGGAUAAAUUAUGGAUUCAAACUGAUUUCUCCAAGGAUGCCACAGUGCACAAGUUUUUGGAUUUAAACAAACCUUUGCUCAUGCAACUAUUGAAAAGUAACUUUACAAAGGAUUUUUACUUGGAUCAAGUUCAUAGACCAAGACACUAUGGUAAAGGCUCAGCACCAUUAUUUGGUAACUUUUUGGAACCUAUUUCAUUAACUCCUUGGUGGGUCGUUCCUUUGGUUUGGAUUCCUCCAAAUUUUUAUUUGUUCUAUAUCGGAUUCACGAACCAACAUCCAGUUGUUGCUUUGAGCCUUUGGGCUAUGGGAUUAUUUGUUUGGACACUUGUGGAAUACUGCUUGCACAGGUUUCUUUUCCAUGUCGAUAAACAUUUACCUGAUCAUCCUUAUUUCUUUUGUGUGCACUUUUUGUUACAUGGAAUUCACCAUUAUUUACCUAUGGAUGGUUAUAGGUUAGUUUUACCCCCUACCUUGUUUGUCGUAUUGGCAUUCCCAUUCUACAAAUUGAUUUUCAAGUUGUUUCCAUUUUAUAUGGCUUGUUCAGGAUUUGCUGGUGGUACUUUGGGUUACAUCAUAUAUGACGUUACUCAUUAUGUCUUGCAUCAUUCUAGGUUACCAAAAUUUUAUCAGAGUUUGAAAACCUAUCAUUUAGAACAUCACUACAAGAAUUACGAAAUGGGUUUUGGUGUCAGUUCGAGGUUUUGGGAUGUAAUCUUCAACACAGAGAUUGAGACUACUUACGAAAAGGGAAACUAA